AUGUCGCUGGAAGAAAGUAUCAGCUUGGAGGAGACCAACAAAAUCCGUAUCUCCCUUGGAUUGAAGCCUCUCACCGAAGACGCUGCGCCAGCUGACAGUAAGGAGAAGGAGGCCGAGGACAACUACGCGAAGAAGCGCGAGCAGGAGACGAAAGAGCGAGAUGCGAAGAAGAUAGCUGACCGGAUUGCCAAGGUGAGAAACAGGCGUGAAUUAAACGCCUCACUCAAAGGCUCGACACUUGGAGAUGCAGAUGGCGACGACGACACCCUGAAAUGGAUCAAGCGCAGCAAGAAGAAGGAGAAGGAGCUGGCGAAGAAGCGACAGGAGGAGCUUGAGGACAUGGACAAGCAGUUCCAGGAAGAGUACACUGAGCGUGACCUCGCUGGACUUAAGGUUAGCCAUGACUUUGAGGAGCUCGACGAAGGCGAAGCCCGUGUUCUUACACUCAAAGAUAGUCGUGUAUUAGAUGAUGAAGAGGACGAGCUACAGAACGUUGAAAUGGCGGAGGAUGAGCGAACGAAGAAGCGCAAUGACUUGAAGAUAAAGCGACGAGAUUACACUGGUUAUGAUGACGAUGAGUUCACAGCUGGAAACGCUAACAUGAAGAAAGCUAUCUUGGCUAAAUAUGACGAGGAUCUUGGAUUGACGGCGCCAGAAUCUGGAUUUCGACUUGGAAGCUCCUCUUCCCCAGCUACAAAAGCCGAGCGGGCAGAGAAGAAGGAGAAAGAAGCCGCUGCUUCCGUCAACAAAUCGCUUUUGUCCAUAGAUUACGCUAAAAACUUGGAGCUCGCGGAUUAUCUACAAGAAGGCGACGUCGGAUUCAAGAAGCCAAAGACCAAGAAAAAGCGAGCGAAUCGACGCGCCGCUGCUGACGCUGAACUUGCCCCAGACGAUGCCAUGGAAGUCGACGUUAAGCCGAUCAUACCAAGAGUGAGAGACCUAGAUGCCAACUUCGUCGACGAUGAUGAGCUGCAAGCUAUGCUAGCACGCUCGCGUAAGGCGAAAGUGCAUAAACCCAAGAAGCUAUCGCCUGAGGAACUGGCCAAGAAGAAUAUAAUCAAAAUAGAGGACGGUGAAGAAGACCAAGAAACGGGCCUGGUUUUCGACGAUACAUCAGAAUUUGUGCGUGCAGUUGGCCUUAAUCCCGUUGUUAAGCGGGAACCACCAGAAGCCUCUGCAGUCCCUGCUCGUGCAGCUUCGCCACCACGGCGGUCACCUUCUAGGGACGUUUCGAUGGCUCCAGGAGAUCAGGCUCUAGAAGAGCUUGAGGCGGGCGAGGUUACCGUCAAGGACGAGGAAGAGGACGAUAUGGCCGUACUCAACGCCAUCGAAGAUGCAUUGAAGGUUGCUGAUGCUCAACCAGACGACACGGACGCUAUUGGAGGCACUUCGGCGGAACCUACAUUCAACUCUGGAAUGGCUUCGACUCUGAAUCUCUUACGGCAGCAGGGUAUUCUCGCAACCCCGAGUGCAGAUCAGUCCGAUCGCGAACGGAUACAACUGCAACGUGAUUUGUGGCUUGCUGAUCAACGCAGGCGAGUUGCCCAGCGAGAGCUUGAGCGUCUGCAAUCCCGUGGGGGCAAUAAAGACCAGGCGCAACGAGAGUAUGAGAAUCGCAUGCGGGAGCAACAGGAGGCCCGGGAUAACUUGGAAUCCUUUAAGCACUACAAGCCGGACGUGGAAAUCAAGUACUACGACGAGUUUGGUCGCUCAUUGACGCCAAAGGAGGCCUGGAAGGCUUUGUCCCAUAAGUUCCACGGGAAGGGCAGUGGCAAGAUGAAGCUGGAGAAGCGGCUGAAGAAGAUCGCGGAAGAGAAGAAGAAAGAAGCCAUGGCUAGCGGUGAUACCCCGCUGAGCAUGAGCAAAGCAUUCCAGCAACGGCAAGAGAAGACGGGUCAAGCCCAUUUCGUUCUGUCCGUUGGGAACAGGGGAGCUGUCCCGCAAGCUGCAGAGUUCUUUGAUGCUCAGCCAUUAUCUAAGGGCAAGACGGAGAAGAAGAAACAGAAGAAGAACGAAGGAAAGCCAAAUCAAAACGGCUUCAUGACUGUUCCGGCACCCCUGCAACAAUUACAUCUCGCUGAUAGCCCGGCUCCUUCGUCUGGCGUUCAGACAACGAGUGGAUCACCAGCACCUCGGGCUGGCUUCUCUAGAAUAUCUGCAACCGCUGUUGUAGAACCAUCAUCGCAGGGCGGCACCCCCGUUCCCAGCGAGCGUGUGAAGGUGGCAUUCGGGUUUGCUGCGAAACGCAAAGCUGGCGAAGAAGCGAUUGAAGCACCACCGUCGAAACGUAGAUGA